AAUGGAAUUAAAAACGGAGCGAUUUUUUUCUUGAGAAAAAGGAAGGAGAAUGGAUGAUCCACCGAAACUUUUUCGACUUCCGGGGACAAUUGAGGAGGAAGAGGAAAAAGAAUUGGAGAGUCACAGACCGGGAGAAUCGCUGGAGAAAGUGGAAUCUCCUCUCUUGGGUCAAAAGGACGUCUUGACAAUUUCCAGUUUACCGAGAAACCUCACCCUCAUCAGAGUCAGCACUCAAAGCAGCAGCAUCACCGGUGGUAUCGGUCGGCAGGAUUCUACCAGGAGCCGAUAUCGGGCUGGACCGACGCGGAAGCUACGCCGUCGUGCCGUCUUGAAGAAUGGCGAUUGCAACGUGUUGCAAUCGCGCAUCUCCCGACGAUCGCUGCGUUUCUUGCAAGACAUCUUCACUACCUUGGUAGAUACGCAAUGGCGUUGGACUCUUAUGUGCUUCAUCUUGAGCUUCCUUCUAUCAUGGCUAGGCUUCGCGGUGAUUUGGUGGCUAAUCGCUUUCACCCACGGUGACUUCGAAGAACGCCACUUGCCACCCUUUCAGGUGGAGAACAACUGGACGCCAUGCGUCUACAAUAUCUUCAGCUUUACCAGCUGCUUUCUCUUCAGUAUCGAGACCCAGCACACUAUUGGAUACGGCAGCCGCUCCACUACUGAAGAGUGUCCAGAGGCUAUAUUCGUGAUGUGCAUACAAAGCAUCUCUGGUGUCAUGAUUCAAGCUUUCAUGGUAGGCAUCGUAUUUGCCAAGAUGACAAGACCGAAGCAGCGUACUCAAACUCUAUUGUUCUCGCGAAAUGCCGUGAUCUGUCAACGAGAUGGUGAACUCUGUCUCAUGUUUCGAGUGGGCGAUAUGCGAAAGAGUCACAUAAUCGGUGCGAGCGUUCGUGCUCAGGUGAUUCGCAGCAAAACGACCAAAGAAGGUGAAGUUCUAUCUCAACAUCAGCAAGAACUGAUGGUAGGCACUGAUGGCGAAAACGGCGAUCUAUUCUUCAUCUGGCCGACCAUCAUAAUCCAUCGGAUUAAUGAGUCCUCGCCCUUCUAUAAUAUGUCUGCCGAGGAUAUGUUAAUCGAACGUUUCGAGGUCGUCCUGAUCUUAGAAGGUACUAUCGAAUCUACUGGACAAACUACCCAGGCCAGAUCAAGUUAUCUUCCACAGGAGAUUCUGUGGGGUCAUCGUUUUGACCCUAUGGUGAGCUAUUCGAAGGAGCGGCAAGGUUACGAAGUGGACUAUUCGCUAUUUAAUGGUACUACUCAAGUUGACACUCCGCUUUGCUCGGGCAGGGAACUUGCAGAGUUCUAUAGAGUGCAGGAUGACUUACGUCACGGAACUGAUGUCCUAAUCGAUGAGGAUCAUUUAAUGAGGAAACAAUAUUGCUGCAAUUGUCACUUGACUGAUCAGCAACAUUUACCAUCUUUCACGCCUUUGGAUUGCCUUAACAGCUACAAUAGAGUAGAAAAGGAGUAUCCUUGGAGAUAUACCUGUAGAUAUUCAAAUUGUACUUUACACAAUUCUCAAAGCGAAGGCAUUGAUCAAGCCAAAGUAUUCGAUUUCAAUCCUAACGCCAUUCAGAUCAUAGAAAAUGUAGAACUUCAGCAAAUGCCGGAAACAAUAAACAGAUUGAAGAAGAUAGUUUUUGAAGAGAAAAAAGAUUUUUUAAAGAAGAAUAUGAUCGGAUUGAAUAAAGAAAAAGUAAGACUGCUGAAGAAUAAUCAAGAAAUUAUCUCUAAAAAGAGAGAAGUAGAUUUUUUAGAAAACACCCUGAUUAGAUUGAAUGAUAAAAAUACUGAUAUUCUGAAAAACAGUCAAAAGAUCAAGGAGACAGAAAGAGUCUUAGAAAAGAAACUAGUCAGAUCGAGCGAAAGAAAGGAUGACAUCCUUGAAAAUACUCACCAGAUCCAUGAAAAAGAAGAGCUUGCUCCCAUAAAAAAAAAUGAAAGCCGCAAAAAUAGCAGCCAUCAGAUUAAUUAUACUCUAUACAAACCUGAAAGAAUGCACAAUAGAAGAUGUCAGUUAAUCACAUUGGUAGAUCAUGAUCAAAAAAUGAAGAAAAAUAUUUCUUAUAACGGGAAACAAAAAUCUCCAAAAGAGAUUGAUAAAAGUUUAAUUGAUGAUUCUUUCACAAUAAAUGAUAGAAGAUCCUUUAGGGAAUCCACAGAAAACGCAAUUAAUAACACGAAGAAUGUCACAAUAAUGGAGGAAGAUAGAACAUUUUUGAACAAAAUCACAAAGUAUCCUACAGUAUCCUUAAAUCGUUCAAAUGACAGUCUAAUUUGUCGUCAGAGAUUGGAUUACGAUUUACGAUUUAGACGAGGAAAUGGCAAUGAUAACAUUAGUAUUGAGAACGAAAAGACAAUGAGAUCUUCAUCGCAUCGUCCUGCUAAAAUAGCGAUACAAUAUGAACUUGAUUCUAAUGAUGUUUGCUUGCCAAUUUCUCCAGCUUCCAAUCUCUCGUUUGAAUCAGGUUUUUGCGAAGGAAGUCCUGAUAGCAGCUGUAGGGAGUCUUGCUUGUUUGCGAAAAACUUAAAAAAAAUUAAUAAAAAUAUGGAGAGAGAGAAUAGCAAUUCGUCAUAAAGUUAUCUGAUGCAAAAAAUGUAAUUAGUUAUGUAGAUAAUUCAAAAAAGCCUGCUAAAGAUCAGAUUAUUUAAGAAAUUAUUCUAGAUAAUAAUAUUCGGGAUGCAAGACAAUCAUAAAAUAAAACAGAAAUGUAAAUGUUCAAAUACAUUAUCGAGAAAAUUGUUUAGUAAUAUUAAUGACUCAAAGAAAUCUCCUAUAAUUGUUGAAAAACGAAGAAAAAGAACAACAGAAUGUUGAUCUAAAAUAUUGACGAGAUUGAAAAGCUGUUUUUUUAAUUCCAAUGCGUAAGUAAUUUAUUAAAGAUUACAAUUAUCUAGAAUAUCUAAUGAUGUCAUUAUUCUUGAGGAGCAAAUUCUCCAUAGUAUAAAAAUGAAGAAAGAAAAACACUGUAAAGAUUUUUUGGACAAUAUUAUAUGAUAUGAGAAGUUAGUUAAUGAUAUUGUCACUUUUAAUCAUUCGAAAUGAUAGUAUCUUUGCUGAAGAACAAGUUAUCUAUAACAGCAAAAACAUAAAGAAUAGAAGAUAAUUCUUUUAAUAGUAACAGUAUAUUUUGUGAAAAUUUAGUUAAUAAUAUAUAAUCAAUUACAUGAUUAUGCGCCACGGUGUGAUAAUGUCUGUUAUUGAAAAUAAAAUUGUAUAUUACAAGAACAACAUAAAGAUAGCAAUAUAACGCGCAUAUAGGAGAGUUUAAACGAUAAUAUGAUAUUUUAUGAAAAUUAUAUUAACUUUAAAUUAUAUAUUUUUUAUAAAUCAAGAAAAAAUGCUAAGAUGCCAAUUAUUAAGAAAUAAAUCAUUUAUGAUUGAUAAAAUGCGAAUAAGCAACGACUUUAUUUUUCGAAACAAGUAUGGAUUAAACUGCUGGUCAGUUGAUCAUUAUUGUAUAAUAAAUUGAAUCUUUCUGAGAAAGAAGUUUCUUCGAAGAAAAGAUUAAUGAGGCAAUUAAUAUUAUAUAUCGAUUGUUAUUUAGUAACAAUUAAUAUGUAGACCAAAUUCUAUGAUUAAAAGUUAUUUAUUACUUAAAUAAGAAUAUUGUAUAUUCUAGAUUAAUAUAUUUGUAUUUAUAUUACAGUCUUCUAGUAAUUAAUUAAAUUAACAUAUAAGAAAUGUUAUAAUUUAUAAUAUGUAAGAAGUGUUAUAAUUUAUUAAUGACGUCCCCGUGAUGUUGAUUAUGUAUUAUGUUAUAAAUAAAACAAUAUUGAAAAAUG